AUUUCGUCCCUACUCCAAACGCGUUUAUAUUCCAAAAAAACUCAUAGGUGGUGCUAGUCUGUCAUUCAAUCAUUAAUGGUAAAUUAGCAUCCAACGCUCUAUAGAGGGCAUUCCCGUCAUUAUACAUGCAGCUGUUGGGACUCGGUUAUUUCUCUUUUCAUAAUCUGGAUUACCAAACUAAUAGAGUUUUUAAUAUGAAGCUCAGAAGGAACUCAAAACUACUAGUCACUGGCUUUGAAUUUCACUUCUCCAUCUCUCUCUCUCUAACUUAGUAUUCCAAAACUCAAACCCUAUUCUCUCUCUUCUUUGAUCUGAGCUUGAGCUUCUUCUUCUUCAGCUGACUGCUCCUGCAUUCAAUUUACUUCUUCUGGUUUUUGUCAACUCAAGAAUGGCCUGAGUUCGGUUCUUUUGGAUCUCUCUGUUUCUUCAUCUUUUAGUGAUUUCUGCCUGCGGACGGCUAUAGGCUUGUGCAGCAGUUGCAUCAAUGACAGACAACAGUAAAUUCUGUUUUCUCUUAAUUUCCACUUUUUUGUUGUUGGCUGUUGUGGUUAAUGUGACUUUGGCUGCCAAUUAUGUGCCCGGUGAUAACAUUUUGGUAAACUGUGGAGGUCCUAACAAUCUUCCAGAUGCUGAUGGCCGGAAAUGGGGCACAGAUAUUGGCUCAAAAUUUAUGUUGAGUACUAAGUCAACAAUCUCUGAUGCUGCUGAUCAAAAGCCCUCUGUCCCUCAAGUUCCUUUUAUGUCUGCCCGUGUUUUCCAGUCUGAGUUCACCUACAGUUUCCCUGUAGCACCUGGUCGUAAGUUUGUCCGUUUGUAUUUCUAUCCCUCGUCUUACAACAAACUUAAUGCUACUAAUGCCAUCUUCAGUGUCACCUCUGGAUCAUAUACUUUACUUAGAAACUUCAGUGCAGCACAAACUGCUGAAGCUCUCACCUAUGAUUACUUGACCAAGGAGUUCUCUAUCUAUGUGCCAUCUGAAACUUUGAACAUGACUUUCACACCUUCUCCAAAUAUUUCAAAUUCCUUUGCCUUUGUCAAUGGGAUUGAAAUUAUUUCACAUCCUGAUAUCUAUAACACAGCAGAUGGAUCUACCUUAAUUGUGGGUCAGAAAUCCCCUUUCAUUAUUGACAAUUCUACUGCUUUGGAAAAUGUUUACCGCCUUAAUGUGGGAGGCAAUGUAAUCUCACCAUCAGGUGAUACUGGUAUGUUUAGGUCAUGGGGUGAUGACUCCCAGCAUAUUUUUGGAGCAGCCAGUGGAGUUACAGAUACUGCCGAUGAUGAAAAUGUCACAGUAAGCUAUCCUGAAGGAAUGCCGUCCUACAUUGCCCCACUUGAUGUUUAUAAGACAGCUAGGUCAAUGGGUCCAACUGCUCAAGUUAACCUGCAAUACAAUUUGAGUUGGGUAUUCUCUGUUGACCCGGGAUUCUCUUAUCUUGUUAGGCUCCAUUUCUGUGAGAUCACUAGAAAUAUCUCAAAAGUCAACCAGAGGGUGUUUGUCAUCUUCAUGAAUAAUCAGACUGCGGAACCUGCAGCAGAUGUCAUUGCUUGGGCUGGAAGCAAUGGAGUUCCUUUCCACAAGGAUUAUGUGGUCUCUGUUCCUUCUGGGGCUUCACAGCAGGAUCUUUGGCUUGCACUCCAUCCAAACGUUGCUUCAAAAUCAAAUUGGUAUGAUGCAAUUUUGAAUGGAAUAGAAAUUUUUAAAGUAAGUGACACCAAUGGAAACCUUGCUGGGCCUAAUCCUGUUCCAGUUGCUGAACCAGAUCAUAUUGACCCUCUGCCAUCCAAAAAAGGUCAAUCAAAAAAUAACACAUCAGCUAUUGGCGGAGGCAUUGGAGGUGGAAUUGCUGCCGCAAUUCUUAUUGGUUUAAUUGUAUGCCUUGUCACGCGCCUUCGGAAACGUGGGAAGGUCCAAAGUCCAAGCGAUGGACCAUCAGGCUGGCUCCCACUUUCUUUGUAUGGAAAUUCACAUACUUCUGGUUCCGCUAAGACCAACACUACUGGCAGUUAUGCUUCGUCCCUCCCAUCAAACCUUUGUCGUCACUUUUCAUUUGCUGAGAUCAAGGCAGCCACCAAUAACUUCGAUGAAGCACUGCUUCUUGGGGUGGGUGGCUUUGGCAAAGUAUACCAGGGAGAAAUUGAUGGCGGCACAAAAGUUGCUAUCAAACGUGGUAAUCCUCUCUCUGAGCAAGGUGUUCAUGAAUUCCAAACUGAAAUUGAAAUGCUCUCAAAACUUCGCCAUCGCCAUCUUGUUUCUUUGAUUGGUUAUUGUGAAGAGAACUGUGAAAUGAUCCUUGUAUAUGACUACAUGGCUCAUGGUACCCUUCGUGAGCAUCUUUAUAAAACCCAGAAGCCUCCUUUACCUUGGAAGCAGAGGCUUGAGAUUUGCAUUGGUGCUGCUCGUGGGUUGCACUAUCUUCAUACUGGUGCGAAGCAUACCAUUAUCCACCGUGAUGUAAAGACCACUAAUAUCCUGUUAGAUGAGAAGUGGGUGGCAAAGGUUUCGGAUUUCGGGUUGUCUAAAACAGGCCCUACAUUGGAUCAUACCCAUGUCAGUACCGUGGUGAAGGGCAGUUUUGGAUAUCUGGAUCCAGAAUACUUCAGAAGGCAGCAACUCACAGACAAAUCUGAUGUCUACUCAUUUGGUGUAGUGCUGUUUGAGAUUUUGUGUGCUCGGCCAGCGCUGAACCCAACUCUUCCAAAGGAGCAGGUGAGCUUGGCAGAGUGGGCUUUCCAUUGCUACAAGAAGGGAACUUUUGACCAGAUAAUCGACCCAUAUCUGAACGGGAAGCUUGCACCAGAAUGCUUGAAGAAAUUUACCGAGACAGCAGUGAAGUGCGUCUCUGAUGUUGGUGCAGACAGGCCCUCGAUGGGAGAUGUGCUGUGGAACCUUGAAUUUGCUCUGCAACUUCAGGAGAGUGUAGAGGAGUGUUGCAAGGGUUUUGGAAAAAUGGACAUUGAAGAAGGCUUUGAUGUCACGUGCAAAGGAAAGAAGGAUUUAAAUGCAUUCCCGGGUUAUGAUGAAAGCAUGACUGACUCAAGAAGCAGUGGGAUAUCUAUGAGCAUUGGCGGCCAUAGCCUUGCCAGUGAAAACUCAGACGGGCUAACACCUAGUGCUGUUUUCUCUCAAAUCAUGAAUCCAAAAGGACGUUAAAAUCUCAGAGCUUCAAAGAAAAUACACAUUGCCACCAGCUUAUUAAGGCUAUGUGCUAUCGGCCUCUUUAACAGCAGCAGUCGCUUUGUCCUUUCCUUUUCUUUUUUUUCCCUUCCUUGUACUGCCUUAUUCUUUUUACUCACUUUUUAUUUUGUGAUUGAUAUGUUUUAUUUAAACUCCUUUGUAAGUUGUAUCUACCAAUACUAAAAGUGUGAAAUAAUUUCUCGUUGUACUAUUAACUGAUGAAGAGGUUGCUCACUA